CAGCUUAGCCAUGUUCACUACCCUAAACAAAGUCAAUACUUGUUUAGAUCAAUGUAUGAAGGUGUAUAAGGCAUACAUGUGCAUGCAUGACCCACAAGUGCAAAACUGAAGCCCCACCUUUGUCCUUCAUUGCCCACCAACGAAGUCAAGUCACCAAACUUCACUUUACUUCAACCACAGGGUUUAAUUCUUCGUUAUUGUGUUCCCUUCUCCAAUGAUGCCGGAAAGUGACAUCACUCUAUCCUCUUUCAGGCUUCGUUGGGACGUGUUCCUGAGCUUCAGGGGCACCGACACGCGGGACACUUUCACCAUGAGCCUCUACCACGCUCUCCACCGCCGCGGCCUCCGCGUCUUCCGCGACGACGACGGGCUGGAGCGCGGCGACGAGAUCCAGAAGAAGCUUCUGGAAGCCAUUGAAGACUCCGCCGCCGCCGUCGUCGUUCUCUCUCCCGAUUACGCGUCUUCCCAUUGGUGCCUCGACGAACUUGCCAAGAUUUGCAAGUGUGGGAGGCUGAUCCUUCCGGUUUUCUACUGGGUCGACCCUUCCCAUGUCAGAAAGCAAAAGGGUCCCUUUGAGGAUUCUUUCGGGUCCCAUGCAAACAAGUUUCCUGAAGAGAGUGUUCAGCAGUGGAGGGAUGCCAUGAAAAAAGUGGGUGGAAUCGCUGGUUAUGUUUUGGAUGAGAAAUGUGAUAGUGAAAAGAGUGAUAAGCUCAUUCAGCAUUUGGUGCAAAUACUUUUGAAGCAGAUGAGGAAUACACCAUUGAAUGUGGCUCCUUACACAGUUGGGCUGGACGAUAGAGUUGAAGAGUUGAAAAAGCUGUUAGAUGUGAAAUCCAACGAUGUAAGGGUUUUGGGGUUGUAUGGAAUGGGAGGGGUUGGUAAGACAACCCUAGCCAAGAGCCUCUUCAACAGCCUUGUUGUUCACAAUUUUGAGCGACGCAGUUUCAUUACAAAUAUUAGAUCACAAGUCUCCAAACAUGAUGGUUUGGUUUCUCUUCAAAACACAAUUCAUGGUGAUCUUUCUGGUGGGAAAAAGGAUCCAAUCAACGAUGUCAAUGAUGGUAUUUCUGCUAUCAAAAGAAUAGUACAAGAGAAUCGAGUUUUGUUGAUCUUAGAUGAUGUUGAUGAAGUAGAGCAGCUUAAAUUUUUGAUGGGUGAGAGGGAAUGGUUUUACAAAGGAAGCCGUGUUGUAAUAACCACAAGGGAUAGAGAAGUUUUAACUAAGGCUAAGAGUUAUGUUGAUAAACAUUAUGAGGUGAAGGAAUUGGAAUUCUCUCCAUCAAUGGAAUUGUUUUGUUACCAUGCAAUGAGAAGAAAGGAACCUGCAGAGGGUUUUUUGGACCUUGCAAAGCAAAUUGUGGAGAAGACGGGAGGGUUGCCCUUGGCUUUGGAAGUUUUUGGCUCUUUUCUGUUUGACAAGAGGACGAUGAGGGAAUGGAAAGAUGCUGUGGAGAAGAUGAAACAGAUUAGUCCUUCUGGUAUUCAUGAUGUGCUGAAAAUCAGUUUUGAUGCGUUGGAUGAACAAGAGAAAUGUAUAUUCCUUGACAUUGCUUGUUUGUUUGUGCAAAUGGAAAUGAAGAGGGAGGAUGUGGUUGAUAUAUUGAAUGGGUGUAAUUUUAGAGGAGAUAUAGCACUGACUGUACUCACUGCAAGAUGUCUAAUUAAAAUCACUGGUGAUGGUAAACUGUGGAUGCAUGAUCAAGUUAGAGACAUGGGAAGGCAAAUUGUGCAUAGUGAAAACCUUGCAGACCCUGGUCUACGUAGCAGGCUCUGGGAUCGUGAUGAAAUCUUGAUUGUCUUAAAGAGUAUGAAGGGAACAAGAAAUGUUCAAGGGAUAGUCGUAGAUUGUGUUAAGAGAAGAAUGUCCACUCCUAGAGAUCGCUCUGCUGAUGAAAUUACUUGGGAAAAUUUUCGACGUAAGCCUAGUUGUAAAUUGGCAUUAGAAUAUAUUAAAGAGAAGUAUAAAAAGUAUGUGCGGGAUAGAGAAGAGAAAGCAAAAGAGGUUGUACUUCAGGCUAAGAACUUUGAAUCAAUGGUUUCCUUAAGAUUGCUUCAAAUUAAUUAUUCGAGAUUGGAAGGACAAUUCAGAUGCCUUCCCGCAGGACUGAAAUGGCUACAAUGGAAACAAUGUCCAUUAAGGUAUAUGCCUUCUAGCUAUAGUCCUUUGGAACUUGCUGUCAUGGAUCUCUCGGAAAGUAACAUUGAAACUCUGUGGGGCAGAAGCAAUAACAAGGUGGCUGAGCACUUGAUGGUUUUAAACCUCUCCAAUUGCCACCGUUUGACAGCAACUCCUGAUUUAACUGGGUAUCUCUCUCUUAAAAAAAUUGUUUUGGAAGAAUGCUCUCAUUUAAUUAGGAUUCAUGAAUCACUUGGAAAUCUAAGUUCCUUAGUUCACUUAAACUUGCGUUUCUGCUAUAACCUUGUCGAACUACCUAGUGAUGUCUCUGGGAUGAAACAUCUCGAGGACCUUAUUCUUUCCGACUGCUGGAAAUUGAAAGCAUUACCAAAAGACUUAAGUUGCAUGAUUUGUUUAAGACAACUUCUUAUUGAUAACACUGCUGUAACUGAGCUUCCUGAGUCCAUCUUCCACCUCACAAAACUUGAAAAUCUGAGUGCAAAUGGAUGCAACUCUCUGAAGAGGUUACCUACCUGCAUUGGGAAACUCUGCUCCCUGCAAGAAUUGUCACUCAAUCAUACAGCAUUAGAGGAAUUGCCAUAUUCUGUUGGUUCUUUGGAAAAACUAGAGAAGCUUAGUUUGGUGGGGUGCAAGUCACUGUCAGUGAUUCCUAACUCUAUUGGGAACCUAAUUUCAUUGGCUCAAUUAUUUUUUGACAUAAGUGGAAUUAAAGAAUUGCCUGCUUCUAUUGGUUCUUUAUCAUAUUUAAGGAAACUGUCUGUGGGAGGCUGCACUUCUCUUGACAAAUUGCCUGUGUCAAUAGAAGCAUUAGUUUCUAUUGUUGAACUUCAGUUAGAUGGGACAAAAAUUACCACUUUGCCAGAUCAAAUUGGUGCCAUGCAAAUGUUAGAGAAGCUUGAGAUGAAAAAUUGUGAGAAUCUGAGGUUUCUACCAGUAUCAUUUGGCUGUCUGUCAGCUCUUACCAGUUUGGACUUGCAUGAGACAAAUAUUACUGAAUUGCCAGAAUCAAUAGGAAUGUUGGAAAAUCUUAUUCGGUUGAGGUUAGACAUGUGCAAACAGCUCCAAAGGCUUCCAGAUUCCUUUGGAAAUUUGAAAUCUUUGCAAUGGUUACAGAUGAAGGAAACAACACUUACUCAUCUACCUGAUAGCUUUGGGAUGCUCACAAGCCUGGUAAAACUAGACAUGGAAAGAAGGCUCUAUCUUAAUGGGGCUACUGGGGCCAUAAUUCCUAACAAACAAGAACCUAAUUCAAAGGCAAUAUUAAGAUCUUUUUGCAACCUAACCUUGCUGGAAGAGUUAAAUGCUCAUGGAUGGGGAAUGUGUGGAAAAAUUCCAGAUGACUUUGAAAAGCUAUCAUCACUAGAAACUUUAAGUUUAGGCCACAACAAUAUUUUCAGUCUUCCAGCCAGCAUGAUAGGACUAUCCUAUCUCAAAAAGCUUUUAUUGUCAGAUUGCAGGGAGCUCAUUUUUCUGCCUCCUCUUCCAUCUAGCCUUGAAGAACUUAAUCUUGCGAACUGUAUUGCAGUACAGUACAUGCAUGAUAUUUCAAACUUGAAGCUCUUAGAGGAGUUGAACCUUACAAAUUGUGAAAAGGUGGUGGAUAUACCAGGCCUUGAACACUUGAAGUCCUUAAGGAGGUUGUACAUGAAUGGUUGCAUUGGAUGCUCCCAUGCUGUCAAGAGAAGAUUUACCAAGGUUCUACUUAAAAAAUUGGAGAUUUUGAUUAUGCCUGGAAGCAGAGUCCCGGACUGGUUUACAGCAGAACCAGUUGUCUUUUCCAAGCAAAGAAACCGUGAGCUUAAGGGUAUUAUUUGUUCUGGUGUUCUCUCUUUCAAUAAUAUACCUGAAAACCAAAGAGAAGGACUGCAGUUAGAGGAUGUUCAAGGAAAAAUCUUCAAUUUGACUGAUAAAGUGUUUAGCACAACGUUUCGCCUUCUAGGAGUACCUAGGACAAAUAAAGACCACAUAUUUUUGCGCAGAUUUGGAGUUAAUUCUUCGUUAGUUUUUCAGUUACAAGAUAAAUAUACCUUACAUUUGAAAAAGAGAGACCCUCCUCUUAUUGAGAGGCUGGAGCUGAAGAACUGCAGAAUUCUUUUAGUUUUUGAAGGCGAUGAUGAUUACGUGGGAGACGAAGGAUCACUAGAUGAAAGCCAAUACUCUGUUUCACAAAAAUUAGCCAAGUUCUUCAACUUUGCUGCAAAUGACCCAUGUGUGUGAACAAAGUUCUUCAGCUGAACUGCAAGAGAUCAAAAAACGAAAAUAUGCUGAAUAGAAAAGCAUUUGUUGGGAGAGAAGUUGCUCCUUAAUUGGUGCUCUAUUUCCUCCUGGAUUAGUCUCGUGGCUUCUAGCUAUGGGGAUAUCUUGCUUUCAUGUAUCUUUUGAAUACAUAAAAUGAAUGUCAUUCUCAUUUUGAGAUUCUCUA